GUGUCAUAAAACGUUGCAAGCACAAUCAGCUGUUUAGAACAACAGCAGUGUAAACAAAUCGAAAAAGCGCGAUCCGUUAAUAGUUUGUGAAUUAUGCAAAUUUUGCAUCGUUUGCGUUGGUUCCCGCCAAUUGCAGUAAAUAACUGUAUCCGUUAUUACGCAAAGAAACCGCAAAUUGCCACCAUGCCGGGUAAUCGACUCAUGGUACAACAAGAAUUUCUCCAUUAUGUAAAUCAAUAUGCACGCAUUAAUAUCAAGUCCGAUAUAUAUGUGCAUGUGGAACCCGUUGAUGUCCAUGUGCACACCAGUGGCGAUGUCUUUAUAGCCCAAUUGCGUGGUGAGGCGACACACAACUGCAACGCCCAGCUAGAUGUGAAUGUCAGCGAUGAUGACAAAGUAGUCAAUGUCCUAAUCAAGCAACUUACACCGCAAGCGAAUCGCUCACGUUGCAUUCUUAAGAUUCCCAUCUGGGCUGAAGCUCACAUUGAAGCAGCAGCUAAGGUCUUUGUGCAAAGCAUACAGAGUGAGGCACUGGAGAUUAAAGCAAACGAAGGCAUUACCACAAGGAAUGUGCGAGCCACAAAUAUUGCGCUCUACAGCGAAAAGGGGAACAUCGUUUGUCAGGGCGUAUUGUUGGGCAAGCGCACCGAAAUCGAGACGCACAAUGGUAACAUUGUAUUGGACAAACUACAGGGAGACAGCUUAAAGUGUUCCACAAAGACAGGCAGCAUCAACACUGACAGCUGCUAUGUCGAGAACUCCAAAUUUGAAACCACAACGGGAAAUAUGGAUCUGAAGAAUGUGCACAAGACAAGUGAAGUCCAUGUACAUGAGGCAGGCGAUCUUAAAAUGACUGGUGUGCAUGGCAAUCUGAGUGUCAACUCUAAGGGUGGAAACCUGAGCCUGCAGCUCUCCGAGCUAAUUGGCAAGAGCCAAAUUGUCGCACACAAUCUGGCCAAUGAGGCUGUCAUCAAGAUAUCCGAAGCCAUCGAAUCUACCAUCAACAUUGAGGUAAAGGCUGCCGUGGUGAAGCUGGACAACGAGUUGGAGCACGUUGCCCAUGCGCUGAGCAAUGAUAAGAGCACUUUUCAGUUGAGUGGCGCCAAAGAGCAUCAUUUAAUCGUCAGCAGCACGGGAUCCAAUGGAGUGCGACUGGGCAAACAAUCGUGGCUUGAUCUGAUGUGCCAGACAAUAAACUCGAAUGUUAAAUCUUAA